GAAAAUUAAUACGGCUUGCGAAAGAAGUUAAUUCAGUAAAAAUGAAGAUUGCUUUAAUCUGCCUGGUCGCUUUUGCGUCCCUUGUUAGAGCGGACGAUAGCGACCACACGAUGGAAACGGCAAUCAACUUCAUAAAGGACUGUAGGGGAGAUUUCAACUUGUGUGUUAAGGAGAAAUUGUUGAGAAUCGUCGAUAAUUUAAGAGCAACAAGAAGUAUUUCAAUUGCUGAAGGUGUUGUUCUUAAGGGAGAACCAGACGUAAGGUCUGGCAAAAAGUUAGAUUCCCUGCCAGAAGAUCCUACAGCCAGAGAUGCCGAAGUUAAUUACAGACUUAUGGAUGGUGUUGUCAGCCUCUUCGAAACUCACGCCAUUGAAGUUAAGAUGAACGAUGCUGAUAAAGCUGAAAUGCAGCGAUCUCUUGAAGAAGGUCGCGGCAAGAAGAAGGGUGGUAGCGGAAUCGGUGGAAUCAUCGGAUUAAUUGGAGCCAAAGUACUUCUUGGAAAGCUUUUCAUUGUGAAACUCAUCGCGUUGAAGGCGUUAGCAACAGCUAAGAUUGCAUUAGUCCUGGCAGCAGUACUCUUCGUUGCUUGGUGUUUGAAACAGGACCAUACAAAGACCACAUACGAAGUGGUACCCCACCCUGUACACCACGAGUCUCACCACGCUCCUCACGUGGAACAUAUAGCUCAUGAUUUAGGAGGCGGUCAUGGAGGGUACAGCUACGGCUCAGAUUGGAACAAGAACAUUGAUGACAGUCAAAAUCUAGCAUACAGCGCCUACUCACCCCACAAAUAAAUUAAAUGAUACCAAAUUAGCUAGUUCAACCACCAUUAUG